CAUCUUGGGGACCUGGGGAGCUCUGGUGUGCAUCAGGAGACAGACUGGAGGUCAGGUCCAGGCGGGACAGGGUGGGAACACUGGCUGAGUGGCGCCUCUGCCCAGGCAUGGCUCUGACUCACUUUGGGUGAGUCUUGAACGAGCAUCCCAAGAGGCAGGUACACACCAAGUGCCAAGGUCCAGUGGUCUGUAGACUGCCCCGUGGAGCCUGCCCUCUGCUGAGGAUGAGGAAGUAGGUGUCUGGGAUUUCGUGUGCUCAGCGCGGUGGCAGGGGUCAGCAGGCAUGAUGGGCUCAGAGGUGACAGCCUGUUUAAGGCCCGGAAGCAAUGUAGGGAGUGCACGCAGGGCUCUGGACGCAGGGGAUGGAGUUUAGACUUUGCUCUGAGAUUGCAUUGUUGAUGCCCAGAAAAUCUCACAGUGAGGUUCAGGGCCUCAUCAGAUUCCGUGCUCCGAUCUGUCUUGCCCUUGAGUGGAGAUGCAGGAGCUCUGACCGCCCCUUUCCCUAGUGCUGAGCCGGCGGGGCCUGCAGUGGCCCAGGUUUAAAAGCAGGAGCCUAGAGCUUUAAAAGCUGAAGGAGCCGGGGUCCUCCAGUCGGCUCUUAAUGCCCAGGUCAGAACCUGCACCUGCUAGGGUCAAGCUGGGCACCUCCUCCCUGGCCUGUGUGACCUUGACUCUUGACCUUGACUCGAGUUUCUCAGAUGAAUACUCCAAACGUCCCAAGUAGGCCAGUGACUUUCCUGGUCCCUUCAGUGGCCAUGGCCUGGCCCCCUUGCCCUGUGGCAGGUGUGUACUGGACUGUUCCUGGCCUGGGGGAGCAGUGUGUGUUGGCUGCCAUCCCUGCAGGGCGGGGUGUCACCAUCAGUGCUGAACAUGCAAAACCCUCUUAAACACCUUCCCCUCUUGUGUCUGCAAAACCCACGUGGGCUCGCCACUGGUUUCUUGGUUUGCACUGCUUUUCUUGUAGAGAGAACGUGCUUCUCGCCAUAACUCCCCAGGAAAGCCUCCGAACUCCUAGGCCUUUGGUAUUGGCUCUCACCUCGUCUUUGGCCGGGAAUAACUGUUGGUCUGCUCAGGGAUUGGUUGCAGGAGAGAGGAGCCUGGAGGGAGAGUGAAGAGAGCAAGGCGGACAGUCAGACAGACUGAUGAGCCGGCUGCAGAGUCUGGGGCCCCUGGGGCUUGCGGGUUUCCUUCUGCCCUGUUCUGUCUUGCGCCCGUUGUCAGAGGCCCUGCUGCUGGCCCGUGGGGUGAGCUGCCUGCAGGGGUUCCUCUUUAUUCUCCCUUCCCGGCAACCUCGGGGCUCGGCAGCCUUCAGAGAAGGUGAUCUCCUUCCUGUUCCUUGUCAAGGAAGGUCAGGCUGGCUUUCACCCGAGGGAGAGAGGAGUGGCGAGCGAGGUGGAAGAAAUGGGAGGAAGUGGCUGAGGCCUGCGCCGACUUGCAGGCUGUGCCGACUUGCAGGCUGGAAGCCCCAUCAGCAGCACCCAGAACACAGCCAGGGAUGGGGUCCCAGGGGCCCCGAGAGCCCAUGCCCAGAGGGCGGGACCGCAGCAGCCAGGAUCAGGCCCCCUGCAGGUGGACCUCAACACCUGUUGGCCCGGUGGUGAGGCGCUUCCUCUGCUUCCUGUGGGUCUGAAGCGGUCUGCUAUAUUCAGGGAGAGUGGGAGAGGAUGACCUGCCAAGUGUUAUGUCAGCAUGAAGGGCUCCCGAGCCAGUGAGGAGGGGUAUCUGUCCAGAAAACCCUCGCGGUGGGGUGGUGAGGCGCAUGCUGUGGAAAGAAGUGGCCACUAAGUGGCUUAUCUUGGAGAUACUGAAUGAGUUUGAUUUUGGAGUCAGAGAGACCUGGGCUCUGGGGCCGAUGCUGUGGCACAGUGGGUAAAGCCGCCUCCCGCAACACCGGCAUCCCAUAUAGGCACAGGUUCUUGUCCCAGCUGCUCCAUUUCCAAUCCAGCUCCCUGCUAAUGGCCUGGGAAAAGCAGCGGAAGAUGGCGCAAGUGUUUGGGCCCCUGCUACCCACAUAGGAGACUUGGAUGAAGCUCCUGGCUUCUGCCUGGCCCAGCACUGGCCAUUGUGGCCAUUUGGGAAGUAAACCAGCAGAUGGAAGAUCUCUCUCUUUCUGUAACUCUUUCAAAUAAAUAAAUACAUCUUAAAGAAAAAAAGAGAGAGACCUAGUUCAAGUCCUGACUCUGCAGCAGAAUCACUGUGUGACCACAGGCAAGUUACUCAGCUUCUCUGAGCCUCAUCUGGUGUACCUGCAAAAUGGGGGUGAAGUUAUUAGCAAAGCCUGCCUUCUUGAGGCUGUUGUGGGAAUAAACGGGUGCACUUAAGACGGGCUGGCUCAGAUGCACAUUAUCAUUAUUGCUACGACUACUUAGCGCCCUACGCCUGGCUGGGCCCCUCUACCCUUCCUCCUGGCUUCCCAGUCAUCUCCCGCUCUCCCUGCCCCCUCCAGCCCCAGCCUUUGUUCCCUUGGGGUCCCAGGCCUGAGUGUCCGUGCUCCUGUGCUCUUAGUGUUGGGGGGGGGGGCUGCAGCAGGAAGCCUGGGGUGAUUCAGCCUCCCCUGGACCAGGCCCCCUGAUUUGUUCUAAGCAAGUCCCAGUCCCAGCUUCAGAGACUCUUGGUGCCUGAGUGGUGGUCCUCCUCGAUGUGCAGGGGAGGGUGUGGGAGCCGACAGCUGUGGGUGCACCCCUGUGAGACCUGUUUCCUGCCUCUGUCACCUCCCCUGGGCGGGAGUCCUGUCCUACAGCCUCAUCCUGGAGUCCACCCCUGCUUCUCCCAGCUCCUCAGCAGCCACCCCCGAGCCUGGGCCCCUCCACCAGGCACAUGCUGGCACCUGCGGCCAGGCCUGCCUGCCCCGUGGGGCCUCCCUAGUUCAGGCCCCAGGCCUCGAGCCCUGAGCCCGGGCUACUGCUCCCCAGGCGCCAGGGCAGGCGCUGGCAAGGUGGGCUGCUCCCCUCCCCUUCCCUCACAUGUUCUUCCUUCCUGCCUGGGCUCCCCCUGCAGAGGCCAGCUUCUAGACCGGCGCUUAGAGAGGUGGAGCCACACAGUCCCACUCCGCAGCUUCUAGGCGCCCAGGGUGCUGAUGUCUGGGGGCUGGCUUUUAGUCUCUGCCCAGAAUUCCCUGCUGCCAGGAAAAGCCUAUUUAAAACAAGAGGAAGGGGCUCGCCCUCCUGACCCAGUCCUCUCCCACCUACGGGGUGGCUCCGGUGUUCCUCCUGCCUCUGCGCCCCCCUCGUCCCCUCCCCCGCCAUUUUCCAUUAGGAACCACGCAGGGGGUGCACGCUGGAGGAUUUUUCUGGCUCCGUACAGGGCCGGGAAGCUGAGGAAGGAAACCGAGGAGGAAGUUCCUCCCCUUCUGGGUGCUGGGUGAAAGUGAAAGACAGGGAGGGGGCCGCAGGUGAGUCACGCGGACCGGGCGGGCUCCUGGCGCGCCGGGCUGCGGAAGCGUGCGGAGAGCGAUAGCCAGGGGCGGGGCGCGCCGGGCUCCGGGGCGGGGUCGGGGCUGGCGGGAGUCACGCUCCUGCCGGCCCAGCCCCUGCCCUCUGCUGGCUCCCUGGGAACUGCUGGGGCCGCUGACGGGGACGCGGAGCCUGCACGGCCCUGGUCCCGGGACCUGCAGGUGUGUUCUGCAGCGCUGCCUGAGCUGUCCGCCCUUGACCACCCCUCCCUGCCCCAGGGACCCAGGACAACCCUUGCUUGGGAAGAGGUGGGCCACGUAGCCCCCUCCUACCCACCGCACUCCCAAGGGCUUCCUAGGGAGAAAACCGAACACCACCACCACCUAUGUGAAGAAAGAAAAAGUCUUUCCACGCUAGCAACUAUGCUCCUGGACCCCACGAGCAGCAUGAACCGGGAAGAGUAGAGCAGCCCAGAGCCUUGGAAGAGGAAGAAAGCUCCCCCCACAGCAGCCUCGGCCUCUGCCUCUGCCUCCCUGCUCUGGGCCAGGCUUCCCUCAGCAGCUGGCCCUGGGGCAUGGGCAGUUGGUGAGGCAGCUCUCCCUGCCGGGCUCCGUUGUCCACAUCAUGAACCUCCAGGCCCAGCCCAAGGCUCAGAACAAACGGAAGCGGUGCCUCUUUGGGGACCAGGGAGCGGCUCCCAAGGAGCAGCCGCCCCCACUGCAGGCUCCACAGCCGGCCCUCCGGGGCAAAGAGGAGCCGCAGUACGGCGGGGGGCUGGGUGCGGGGCUUGAGGGGCCCGCAGCCGCCUCCACCACCUCUCAGCCUGUGGAACUGCCCCCCGCCAACAGCCUGGCCCUGCUGAACUCCGUGGUGUACGGGCCUGAGCGGACCACGGCAGCCAUGCUGUCCCAGCAGGUGGGCUCGGUGAAGUGGCCCAACUCCGUGAUGGCUCCCGGGCGGGGCCCGGAGCGCGGCAGUAGCGGUGGCGGCGGAGGCGGCGGCGGCGUCAGUGAUAGCGGCUGGCAGCAGCAGCCCGGCCAGCCUCCGCCGCACUCCACGUGGAACCGGCUCUCCCUCUACGGCGGACCCAAGGGGAGCCCUCACCCUGGCGUGGGGGUCUCCGCCUACUAUAACCACCCCGAGGCCCUGAAGCGGGAGAAAGGGGGCGGCCCGCAGCUGGACCGCUACGGCAACGCAGUGCGGCCCAUGGUGCCGCCCAAGGUGCAGCUGGAGGUGGGGCGGCCCCAGGCGCCGCUGAACUCUUUCCACGCAGCCAAGAAACCCCCAAACCAGACGCUGCCCCUGCAGCCCUUCCAGCUGGCGUUCGGCCACCAGGUGAACCGCCAGGUCUUCCGGCAGGGCCCGCCGCCGCCCAACCCCGCCACCGCCGCUGCGGCCGCCGCCGCCGCCUUCCCCCCACAGAAGCCGCCGGCGCCGCCUCAGGCAGCUCUGCCACAGAUGCCGCUGUUCGAGAAUUUCUACCCGAUGCAGCAGCCGCCCGCGCAGCAGCCCCAGGACUUCGGCCUGCAGGCCGCCGGGCCGCUGGGGCAGCCCCACCUGGCGCACCACAGCAUGGCCCCCUACGCCUUCCCCCCAAAUCCUGACAUGAACCCCGAACUGCGCAAGGCCCUCCUGCCGGAGUCAGCCUCGCAGCCUGUGCUACCUCAGCCCCAGGUCGCCUUCCCCCGCCGCUCCCGCCGCCUCUCCAAGGAGGGCAUCCUGCCUCCCACCGCCCUGGACGGGGCUGGCACCCAGCCCGGGCAGGAGCCCGCCAGCAGCCUGUUCCUCCAUCACUGGCCCCUGCAGCCGCCGCCCGCCGGCCCCCUGGGGCAGCCCCACCCCGAAGCUCUGGGCUUCCCUCUGGAGCUGAGGGAGUCACAGCUGCUGUCUGACGGGGAGAGACUGGCACCCAACGGCCGCGAGCGGGAGGCUCCCGUCAUGAGCUCGGAGGAGAGCAUGCGGGCGGUGGGCACAGGGGACUGCGGGCAGGUGCUGCGGGGCGGGGUGAUCCAGAGCACGCGGCGGCGGCGCCGUGCGUCCCAGGAGGCCAAUUUGCUGACCCUGGCCCAGAAGGCGGUGGAGCUGGCCUCGCUGCAGAGUGCAAAGGAUGCCAGUGGUGCGGAGGAAAAGCGGAAAAGUGUGUUGGCCUCCACCACCAAGUGUGGCGUGGAGUUUUCUGAGCCUGCCUUGGCCGCCAAGCGGGCACGAGACGAGAGCGGGAUGGUUCCUCUCAUCAUUCCGGUGUCCGUGCCUGUGCGGACCGUGGACCCCACCGAGGUGGCCCAGGCUGGCGGUGUGGACGAGGACGGGAAGGGUGCUGAGCAGAACCCCGCGGAGCACAAGCCAUCGGUCAUUGUCACCCGCCGCCGGUCCACCCGGAUCCCUGGGACAGAGACCACAGCUCAGGCUGAGGACAUGAAUGCCAAGUUGGAGGGGGAGCCUUCUGUGCGGAAACCAAAGCAGCGGCCGCGCCCUGAGCCCCUGAUCAUCCCCACCAAGGCGGGCACUUUCAUCGCGCCUCCUGUCUACUCCAACAUCACCCCGUACCAGAGCCACCUUCGCUCUCCUGUGCGCCUAGCUGACCACCCCUCCGAGCGGAGCUUCGAGCUGCCCCCCUACACCCCACCCCCCAUCCUUAGCCCCGUGCGCGAGGGCUCCGGCCUCUACUUCAACGCCAUCAUCUCCACCAGCAGCGUCCCAGCCCCUCCUCCCAUCACGCCAAAGAGUGCCCAUCGCACCCUGCUCCGGUCCAACAGCGCCGAAGUCACCCCGCCUGUCCUGUCUGUGAUGGGGGAGGCCACCCCCGUGAGCAUCGAGCCACGGAUCAACGUGGGCUCCCGAUUCCAAGCAGAAAUUCCCUUGAUGAGGGACCGCGCCCUGGCAGCUGCCGACCCCCACAAGGCUGACCUGGUGUGGCAGCCCUGGGAGGACCUGGAGAGCAGCCGGGAGAAGCAGAGGCAAGUGGAAGACCUGCUGACGGCUGCCUGCUCCAGCAUCUUCCCCGGUGCCGGCACCAAUCAGGAGCUGGCCCUGCACUAUCUGCACGAGUCCAGGGGAGACAUCCUGGAAACGCUGAAUAAGCUGCUACUGAAGAAGCCCCUGCGGCCCCACAACCACCCGCUGGCAACGUAUCACUACACAGGCUCCGACCAGUGGAAGAUGGCAGAGAGAAAGCUGUUCAACAAGGGCAUUGCCAUCUACAAGAAGGAUUUCUUCCUGGUCCAGAAGCUGAUCCAGACCAAGACGGUGGCCCAGUGCGUGGAGUUCUACUACACCUACAAGAAACAGGUGAAAAUCGGCCGCAACGGGGCUCUCACCUUCGGGGAUGUGGAUACAAGCGACGAGAAGUCUGCGCAGGAGGAGGUGGAAGUGGAUCUUAAGACAUCCCAGAAGUUCCCAAGGGUGCCUCCUCCCAGAAGAGAGUCCCCAGGUGAAGAGAGGCUGGAGCCCAAGAGGGAGCUGAAGGAGCCCGGGAAGGAGGGGGAGGAAGAGGUGCCAGAGAUCCAGGACAAGGGGGAACAGGAGGAGGGGCGAGAGCGCAGCCGGCGGGCAGCGGCUGUCAAAGCCACACAGACACUACAGGCCAAUGAGUCGGCCAACGACAUCCUCAUUCUCCGGAGCCACGAGUCCAACGCCCCCGGCCCUGCCGGCGCUCAGGCCCCAGAGAAGCCAAGGGAGGGCGCCGGGAAGUCACGGAGGGCACUGCCUUUUUCGGAGAAGAAGAAGAAAACAGAGGCGUUUAAUAAGACCCAGAAUCAGGAGAACACUUUCCCUUGUAAAAAAUGUGGCAGGGUGUUCUACAAGGUGAAGAGCCGCAGCGCGCACAUGAAGAGCCACGCGGAGCAGGAGAAGAAGGCGGCGGCGCUGAGGCAGAAGGAGAAGGAGGCCGCGGCGGCCGCCGCCGCUGCCGCCGCCGCCCCGCACCAGCCGGCGCUGCGCGAGGAGAGCGGCGCGGGGGAGAAGGGCUGAGCCGCAGCCGGGCCCUCGAGGGGGAGUGCAGAGAGAGCCCCGUGGACCUGCCUCUGCCAAACCAAUAAGACAGUGAAAUAAACGGCUCUUUUAUUUAUAAAGGCCCAGGAGCAGUGUUAAGGGCUGCAGGAUCCAGUUCUCUUCGCAUCCGGUCUGUCGGGGCCGGCUCCCGCCGCUUCCCUCCGGCGCCUGCCGGAGCCGCCGUGGCCGCCAAGCACAAGUCCACCCGCUGCAGCGUUGUUCCCCCCCCCCCGGAGGCUGCCGGCGGCCGGCCCUGUUCUGUCCCCGCCGGGGCCCAGGCCCGCGGCCUCCCGGAGGCUGCCCCCCACCCCCGGCCGGGGACUGUCCCCUGGCUGCUCGCCUGGCCGGCUCUGUGCCUGUUCCAGGGAAGGGAGCUGCGGGGCAGGGCCUGAGCUGGGGAUAACCCCCCCCCCCCCCCAUUUGCCAAACACUGGGCCCGGGAGGCCGCCUCGGAGCUUAGCCUCGAACUGCUCCUCGGUGCCAGCUCCCUGCUCGCCUCUGCCCUGCCCUCAGCAGCUGCCGCCUGAUGCCCCCGCCCCAUGCCACCCGCAGCCCUGCACGCUGGCGAUCUCUGGAUCCUUCUCUGGGAGGGGGAGGUCUCCUAACUAGAUUGGACAGGAGCCUUCAUUCCUUGACUCGUGUCAUUUGGGAGCUAUUUAUUUAUUCUUUAAUAUUUAAUUUCUAACAUCCUCUCAGGGACCAGGGGCCUCCUGCUUUCAGAGGCCCACGUGCAUUUAGCCAAAAACGAGGCACCUUGGCACCCCCAGCCCACCCUACCCCCCCCCCCCCCCAGUUCCCGGACCUUGUUGCUGGGGGAAGCUCUCGCCAAUAGGGUUGACGGUAGCACUGAGAGACAGCGGGAAGCUGGGUGUCAGGCACACGGAGACUAGCAGGGGCGGGGGAUCCCAGGCAGUUCUUACUGCUGCCUCCAGGGAGUUGGCAGGCGGCCAGGAUUCCGGUUGUGUUGAUCAGGCCUGGAUUCUGGCUUCCAUAUUCGGCAGGGAAUCGCUCAACUGAAAGGGCCAGAGUGUUCUGGAAGCCCCUGUACUUGCCAGUCCCAUGGAAGAGCUGUUGUGUUUCAGAUCUUGUUACUCAACUUGAGUUGCACAAGAAAUUCUAAGUGAAUGCGUCUGGAACAGGUCAGCAUGUCAGGAAGGAGCCGAGAAGUCUUCAUUCUGCUGCUCCCCGGGAGCUGGGCUGAAAGGUAUCUGUGGUAACUGGGAGCGGAAAGGGAGUUGUAUUUUUAAACUAUGCACUCUUAGGUAUUUUUCAGCGUUCAUUUAUGCAUUAAUGUGGUUCUGCAGGAUCCCAGCUAUGGGAGAGACCAGUUUCUUUUCCUCCCAGCCUCCCCCAUCACCUUCAGAGGAGAAGCUCUAGGUCCCAAGACAGCGAACACGUGGUGUGCCCUGCAGACACAGGAGGGUAGCAACUUCAGGCUCUCUUCUAAAUCCUUGUGUAAUAUGAGUGCCUUCACAGCUUAGCCCCAAAGUGCUGCUUAGGUUGCCCGAGGUUUUUUCUAUUUAAACCCUAUUUGGUUUCAGGCCCCUUUAUGGACAUGUGGUAACAGAAGCCUCCUCCAGUCACCUGGGACCCUUCUGCUCAGUGGUAGCAUUCAGGACUUGGAUAUCUUUUUAAAUAAGAAAGUGAUUCUACCCUAAGCUCACAGAGACCAGACCAGGUGAACGUAGCCGGGGACCUGACUGUGAAUCCCGACAGACACCGGAUUUGAGGGGCUGAUGCUCCAGGAUGCAUUUGUUCCUCAGAUGCGGUGGGGAAGGAAGCUGUUUCGGGGGCAGAUGCGACCUGCCAGUAGCGUAGGUGCAGCCAUAGAGGCUGGCAGAGGCGAUCCUUAACGGUGCUUUCUUCUCCCUGGGAACACCCUAGGCUUGUCUUCUGUUGCUUUCCCUCCUAUUCCGAGCUCUUUGCUGUAAGAAGUUAGACGAGAGACACCUCUAGCUUUGUAAUCUCCCCACGCCGCCUCCCCAUAUCCAUCUCCCAGUGUCCACCUGCCGUCAGCCACCGGCGUGACACUGCCCUAGUGCCUGUGUUCUGGACCGUCUCUGAGGUCUCUCUCCCAUCCGAGGAGACGGUGACAUCGCUCUGUCCUCCAUGCCUUCGGCAGCGCCCCUCACCGCUGAGGCACACACUCGCCCCUCUGCCGCCGCACCUCCGCCCAGGCACGGAGGCUCGUGCUGCUCACGGCCAAAGGAACUGCCCAUACUUAACUGCCUCAGUGACCUGAUCUCUCAUGUGCCAGAUGCCUAGAUGAAGAAGGAACACAACACAUCCCGAAGCCUCGGCUGUUUAGCACCCUCUCCACGGGGGCCCGCUUUUCUGGACAGUAUUUAUUACUAGACUGGCAAGCCUGACUCCUUUAGGUUUACAGGAAGUGUGCAUAUUUUUAUAAAACAAGUGUCCUCCCCCCCCCCCAUUUUGCUGUGUUACUGUUUGCCUCUAACGAUUUGCAGCUGUUUCUGUUUCACCUUUUACUCAUUUGUCUCCAAGUUGAAGGCCUUGUAGGAGGGGACAGCCUUGACAGUCUGUAAUUAUUGUACAAAUAUUUUAAUAGCAUAUAAAGAAGUAUAUUCCUUUUAUUUUGAAACAGAUGAUCAGACACUGCCUUUUGUGUGUUUGCUGCCUGUGGCAACCUUUUUUAAAAAAGACUGUUACAUAUGAAAAUGGUGUACAUAUAUAUAAAUAUAUAAAUAUUACCUCUUUGGCUGUACAGUUGUGAUAGAGCAGAUGGAAGAUUUUAUUUUUUGUGUGCUUUUUAUAUAAAAAUUAAUACACUAAAGAGAAUCUUGCUGAUGUGAUUGUAAUGUACCUAUGUAACUUAUUUACUUUUGAAUGUUCUUCUGUAUCUUUAAACCUUUCAUUAAAUAAGGUUUUAAAAAUUCA